AUGGAAGAAAACAAAGGACCUGGUUUGGUCAAGGCAGAUUCGAAAACUGAAAGAUUUAAACUUGUGAAGAAAGUCUCAUUUAGAGAUGAAGCCUUACAAGAAAGCAAAACAUUAACUGAUGUCUAUGAAGUUGAGAGCUUCAAGCAGUUGAAUACGCUAGAGGAAGAACAUCAGCGAGAUUGCCUUUCUUGCGAAAUAUUUUAA